AUGGCUGAUUAUCCUGAAAUAAAUAUAAGAUUAGCAGUAAAUCGUAUAGAUACUAAUUUAAUAUCAAGAGAUAAUAUUCAACCUCGUAUUUAUACUCCUGGAGAAGGUGUAUUGACUCAAACAGACUAUCUAAGAGGUCAUGGUACAUAUGUAGACGAAGAUGAAUGUUUGAGAGCAUCAGUAGCUGGAAUACUGGAAAAAGUAAACAAAUUAAUAACAAUCCGUCCUCUGAAAGCUAGAUACCAGGGUGAAAUUGGUGAUGUUAUUGUUGGUAGAAUCACAGAAGUUCAACAGAGUCCAGAAGAUGAACAAACGAUGCGUCGUUAUCUCCAAGAAGGCGAUUUGAUUUGUGCCGAAGUACAGAGUACUUACCAAGACGGGUCACUGUCUUUGCACACCCGAGUCCUAAAAUACGGCAAGUUAUCCCAGGGAGUGAUGGUUAAAGUACCGCCGGCGCUGAUUAAGCGCAAGAAGACUCACUUCCAUCAUCUAGCUAAUGGCGCGACUCUGAUUCUCGGUAACAACGGCUACGUUUGGAUUGGCGCCAGCUCUCAGAGCGCUGACAAGUCUGAGGGUGGGUUCACUCAAGAUUUGACCCGUGUAGCGCACGAAGACCGGGAAAUUUGCGCGAGAUUGCGAAAUUGUGUACUUAUACUCUCAACUUGUAAUAUUUUAUUAACAGACACAUCAGUUACGUAUGCCUACGAAGAAUCG